AUGAUGGUCCAGGAAAAGCUGAGUGUGAAGAUAGCCCGACUAGAAAAAGAAUUGGAGGCCUUGCAUCGGGGUGUCAGUGCCGAUCUGCGGCCGGCGGAAGACGCAGAGGAAAGCGAAUCGAGCGCGGGAGAGCGCUACUCGACGGACAAAAGCAGUUACGCGUCCUCCGUGCAGGCGGUGCUCAGAGCGAGGACAGCGUCGGCAGCCAGCGCAGAUACAGCAAUGAGCAGUUCAACGGCAGCCAGCGAUAGCGCGGGCGGCGCUAAGAUGGAUGCAGCCGACGCAGAUGACGCGACGCGCAGCUUGGAGCUGCGGCUUGCAGCCCUCGCCACGCAGGACCCGGCUGUGGACAGCGCAGACACGGCGAGCGGCGCGUCGCCGGCGUCGCCCGCCGCGCCGCCCAGCCCGCCGCCCAGCGCGGCGACGGAGGGGUCGGACGAGGCGGCCGCGCCGCUGGAGGUGCCCAAGCAGCGCGGCGACGCGGGCACGGCGGCCGGCGGCGAGCCGGUGCGGCGGCGGCCCACCAACCCCUUCCGCGUGAUUUCGGUCGGCGGCUCCAGCACGUUCAAGCGCGCGGCGGGCGCGGACGGGCAGGCGUCGCGCACGUCGUCCGCGGGCGACAAGGCCGCACCCGUGUCCGCGGACGAGCAGAGCAUGCUCAAGUUGCAGCGCAAGCACGACUACCUGACCAUGAAGUGCGUCAAGCUGUCGAAGGAGAUCAAGUACCUGACGAACCUGAAGAAGACCGGGUCGCUGUCCGUGGAGGACACGCGCAAGAUGAACGACGCGCUGGACAAGCUGCAGGAGUACCUCGACCGUAAGUCUAAAGAGAAGUACGAGAUCGGUGUGCUGCUCUCGCGCCGCAUCCGCAAGCAUAUCAACAACGGGUCCAACGGGCAGUUCUGGCUCAGCGGCAAGUAG